AUGGCUGAGAUGCGGCAUCGAUGGGAACGAGACGGGUAUCUCUACCUGAAAGGCCUUCUGCCUCGCGCCGAUGUCCUUGAGGCAAGGAGGAAAUACUUCGAGUUGCUUGCGCCGACCGGGAUUCUGGAUCCCCGAACCUCCCCAAUCGAGGGGAUCUUCGAUCGCUCUCGGGACGCCACCGACUUUCCCGGCUUUGGAACCGGUCGCCACGGCACCGGAACCACCACAUCCAAGACCUUCAUGACGCUAGCCCUUCGUGCCCAUGCUGAAGACUGGUAUCGCAAUGAUCUCUGCAAACAUCCGGCUCUCAUCGCCUUCGUCGAGGAAUUCACCGGCUGGGGCAAGAGCACAUGGGCUUUGGAAAGGACUAUCCUGCGGAAUAAUCUCCCUGGAAAUCUAGCCACUGGGGUACACUACGACUAUAUCUUCUUGCGGCAUGGGCAAGACUCGGUCUUGACAGCGUGGGUUCCGGUCGGGGACAUCGCCCUCAACGGGGGCGGGUUGAUCUACCUUGAAAAUGCGGCAGGGCUCUCGGAAGAGGAGGCCAAGACCGCGUUCAACCAGAAUAUGAUGUCCAAUGGCAUGCUCAGUCAGGAUCCGAAGCAUUUUGGUGAGGAGCACCAACGCCAGUGGCUUGUUUCAGCAUAUGAGGCCGGGGAUGUGGUCUUCCAUGACUCCUACAUGAUUCAUGCCUCGACCGUGAACCACGACGAGAACGGUGUCAUUCGGCUCGGGACGGACUUGCGGUUCGUUGAUGGGCGUGGAGACUGGGAUACGCGCUGGGCCAGUACUUACAGGGAUGAUGAUGGGCUUUGA